AUGUGUUACAGGGUGGAAUGCAACACGUGUGGAAAGUAUGGGUGGGGUGGUUGUGGGGAGCAUUUGAAGAUUUUGUAUGGGAGUAUAGAGGAAGGUAAGCAUUGCAUGUGUCGUUCAUGGCCUGGGGUGGUUGUUGCUUCAUCUGAGAAGGCGUCUACUUCCACCACAACCACCACCACUGCUGCUGUUGCUGCUAGUACAUCUACUACAGGAGGAUAG